AUGAGCGUGACAAAAGCGACAGCCGGGGCUUUGUGCCUUUCAUCGGCCACCCUCAUUUUCUCACUUUACGCCAUUUUUUCGAUCUAUUCUGAUGUUCAGACGAUUUGGCAACAAUUGGAUUCGGAAAUGGAUCAAUUUAAGGUACGGAAUGAGCCUAAACACGGCCUGAAAUGGGCCGAGGGGGCCUUAGAUAGGCCUGAAACCUUUUCAGGCUGAAAAUAUGUUUCUAGGCUGGAAUUUUGCGCUGAAAAUCAUGGAAAGCCUUGUUUCCAGCAAUUUCCACCCAUUUCUUCAGAUUCUGCACAAAAUUCCAGCCUAGAAACAUUUUUUGGAUGAAAAAUGUGAAAAAUUUUUGAAUUUGUUUUUUCGCGGGCAACCGUCAACCAGCGGAGUGUCGUUGUUUUUUUUCGAAAAAUAUUGAUUUUCAUGGUGAAAAUGUGUUUCUAGGCUGGAAUUUUGUGCUGAAACUGGCGAAAUAGGUGAAAAUUGCUGGAAACAAUGAUUUCCACUAGUUUCAGCACAAAAUUCUGAUCUAGAAACUGGUUUUCAACCUGAAAUUGAAAUUUUUUCAAAAAAUUCACAUUUUUAGCGUCAAAAAAAGUUUCUCGGCUGAAAUUUUGUGCUGAAAAUCAUUGAAAUCGCUAUUUUCAGCAAUUUCCAGCUGUUUUUCCAGCUUCAGCACAAAAACGGCCUAAAAAUGAGCCUAAGGGGCCUUACAAGUUAGAGGCUUUCAAGAGCAAAAAAUUUCUUUCCAGAGCUGAAAAAAGUUUCUAGACCAGAAUUUUGCGCUGAAACUGGAAAAAUGGCUGAAAAUCAGCAAAAAUGUGAAUUUCCAUGAUUUUUAGCACAAAAUUCUGAUCUGGAAACACUGUUUAGCUCUGAAAAUUGAGUAUUUCGAAAAUUUCACAUUUUCCAAGCUGAAAACAGUUUCUAGACUAGAAUUUUGUGCUGAAACUGGAAAAAUUGCUGAAAAAUCAGCAAAAAUGUGAAUUUCCAUGAUUUUCAGCACAAAAUUCUGAUCUAGAAACAUUGUUUAGCUCUGAAAAUUAAGUUUUUCAAAAAAUUCACAUUUUUGCGUCAAAAAAGUUUCUCGGCUGAAAUUUUGUGCUGAAAAUCAUAAAAAUCGUUAUUUUCAGUGGAUUUCAAUAGAUUUUCCAGUUUCAGCACAAAAAACGGCCUAAAAUGAGCCUAGGAGGCCUUAGAGGCUUUUAAGAGCAAAAAAUCCCUUUCCAGAGCUGGAAAAAAAGUUUCUAGAUCAGAAUUUUGUGCUGAAACUGGUGAAAUAGCUGAAAAUCAGCAUAAAUGUGAAUUUCCAUGAUUUUCAGCACAAAAUUUCAGCCUAGAAACAUGUUUUUCACCGAAAAUUGAAAUUUUCUCAACAAUUUCACAUUUUCAGAGCUAAACAAUGUUUCUAGACCAGAAUUUUGUGCUGAAACGGGAAAAAUAGCUGAAAAUCACUGAAAUUGAGCUUUUCGAUGAUUUUCAGCGCAAAAUUCUGUGCUAGAAGCCCAUUUUUCACUUGAAAUUGAUUUUUUCCGAAAAUUUCACAUUUUCAGAGCUGAAAAAAGUUUUCCGGCUGAAAUUUUGUGCUGAAACUGGAAAAAUAGCUGAAAACAUCACAUUCAGUGAUUUUCAGCUAAUUUUCCAGUUUCAGCGCAAAAUUUCAGUCUAGAAACAUAUUUUCAAGAUGAAAUUGAAAUUUUUCAAAAAUUUCACAUUUUCAGAGCUGAAAAAAGAUUCCCGGCUGAAAUUUUGUGCUGAAAACGCUGGAAAUCACUAUAAUUUCAAAUUUUCAGGUCGCCACCGACGAUCUUUGGACCCAAAUGUUAGGCCUCGGAGCGGCGACACCCUCAACCCGUCAACGUCGUCAAGGAAAAGAGCAAUACGGUGGAUACGAGGCUCAGGGCGUGAACCCGGGACCAACGUGUUCCUGCCAAUCCGGAAACGGAAACGGAGACGACGCGUUGGGCACCGGCGGAUGUCCGGCAGGUCCGCCAGGUCCAACCGGUGCUCCAGGACCCGACGGAAUCCCCGGAAUCGACGGGCUCGACGGUUUUAACGGAGAGGACGCGGAAGACUCGCAAAACGCGCCGUUCAACGGAUGCAUCACAUGCGCACCAGGCAAACCGGGAACCCCCGGCGAACGCGGAAAACCAGGGCAACGCGGAAUGCGCGGACCACGCGGAACACCCGGUGCCCCCGGAAGCGAUGGUUAUCCAGGACAACCUGGAGAGAUGGGACCACCCGGGGCACCUGGGGAGGACGGGAAGCCAGGCAAGGCUGGAGACAAGGGACAAGACGCCGAGCAACUUACACCACGUAAAGGGCCACGCGGGCCAACUGGAGAUGCCGGACCACCAGGGCCUGAAGGAGAUGCUGGAAAAGAUGGGCCGGUUGGAGAGGCCGGACCACCAGGGCCGGAUGGUGUUAAUGGAUUCCAAGGGCCUGGUGGAGCUCCAGGAGAGGAAGGAAAAGAAGGUCAAGCUGGAAAGAUCGGAGACGAUGCCGCAUAUUGUCCAUGUCCGGAUCGGAAUGCUCCAAAAGACAAGGAGGGCUCGUACGCGGCUGCUCCAAGUCACAAUCCAUCAAAUGCUCCAGGAGCCAGCUAUUCGGCCGGAACUGGGGGAUAUUCUGGAGGCCAAGGACAUGCACAAAGCAGCUAUGGCCGCAAAUAA